AUUACAACUUUCCCAUGUUUGAAUUUGCCGCUCACGAAUAGGUAAGCUGCAGUGGAGCGGUCACAUGGUAGGAUCACAUGACCUUGACGUCAGGUCCUUUCCGAGGAUAGGAACUAGCCGCUACCAAGGUGGAUGGCAAUAGUAGAGCGCCGAACGCACGCUGUGUUCUUUUCCGUCUGCACUUGAUUGCUCCGGUCUGCUGCAUGGGAUCCGGAAGCAGUGCGGGUAGCACGUGGGUUGUGCUUGUGUGAAGCCGGAGCUGUGUGUGGGGGAAGGAUAGUGCAACUCCAGGGAAGCAUGGAUCAGAGUGACAGCGGCUCCGGCAGGUUCAUCGGCGACGGUGACUUCGUGGUGCUGAAGAGGCAGGACGUGUUCAAAGCCGUGCAGGUGCAGAGGCGGAAGUGAAAAAAUUAUAUUUGAAAAGCAGUGGAUCUAUUUGGACAAUGUCAUUGGCAAACAUUACGGAACCACAUUUGAGAUCGGCCAAGGAGGAAAUCUUCAAACAAAGAGGACAGAAGUGACCACAACAGAGCUGAAAGAAGCGGGGUCUGACAACCGCAACAUAGUGGAUGAUGGGAAAUCUCAGAAGCUCACUAGAGACGACAUAGAAGCGUUAAAGGAAAAGGGCAUUACAGGGGAGGCAAUCGUUCAGCAGCUCAUUGAGAACAGUGCAACAUUUCGAGACAAGACCGAAUUCGCCCAAGAGAAGUAUAUAAAGAAAAAAAAGAAAAAAUACGAGGCAGUGAUCACAGUCUUAAAGCCCUCUACGCGCAUUCUAGCAAUGAUGUACUGUGCAAGGGAGCCUGGCAAAAUUUGCCAGCUGCGCUAUGAUACCCUGGCACAGAUGCUCACCAUGGGUAAUAUUCACGCCGGCAGUAAAGUCAUUGUCAUGGAGACGUGUGCCGGUUUGGUCCUGGGAGCUGUAAUGGAGCGCAUGGGAGGAUUGGGCUCAGUUAUACAGAUGUACCCAGGCGGGGGCCCCGUCAGAGCAGCAACUGAUUCUUUUGGAUUUCCAAAGUCCUUCUAUAAAGGUUUAUAUGAGUUUCCACUGAGCAAAGUGGAGAGCCUCCACACCGGGACCUACUCCUGUCGUAGCAGCUCCUCGGAACAGAACCCGGCACUGGGGAACAAUGAGAGCAGUGAAACCCAGGACCAGAGACGAGACAACGGGGAGGACUCCAACUCUGCCACCGAAUGUGAAACUGUCAUGGACACUAAUGCACAGGGACAACAGGAGGCCAGUGGCGAGGGACCAUUAAGCCAAGAGGAAGCCCAGAAACAGGAAAAGAAACAGCUGGCUCUGGAAAAAAAGCGGAAACAAGAUGAAAAAAGGAGAAAAGAAUCCGAAGCAGCCACUUUGUUGCAAGAAAAAAACGCAGAUGGAUUAAUCGUAGCCUCCCGAUUCCAUCCCACUCCUCUGAUGCUCUCCUUGCUGGAAUUUGUUGCUCCUUCCAGGCCUUUCGUAAUAUAUUGCCAGUACCAGGAGCCUCUACUGGAAUGUUACACCAAGUUGAGAGAAAAGGGGGGUGUCGUUAAUCUGAAACUGUCUGAGACCUGGCUGCGCAGUUACCAGGUUUUGCCAGACCGAAGUCACCCUAAACUGGUGAUGAGCGGAGGAGGAGGGUACAUACUUCAUGGAACCACAGUGGCAGCAGAACCUGCAAAACCAAAUCCCCGCACUCAAGAGAAGAGUGAAGAACCUGCAACCAAAAAAAUUAAAGUUGAGGAAUUAGAGAGCUAACAUUAGUAAGACUGGUUCCCAUCACCAUCGCUGCGUCAGUUCAGCACAGCCUCUUGUUUCUUGGUACAUUUUAUACUAUGUAUAGAAGUAUAUUUUAGUUGACAUUUUUUUUUGUCAUAUAUAUUCAAGCAUUUGGCUUUAAUUCGCGUUCAUAAAAAUAAACAGUCACCGCCA